AAGUGAGUCAUUGUACCACAACAUUUUGUUUAGGUGAGAAAAGUUAAGACUGCAGAUUGAAGUCAACAACACCGUCCGCGACCGACCUUGCACUGACUGGAGGACUGAAAAGGGUCGGAGUGCGUGUGGCAUGAGCUCAGACAUGGGCGCGUGUCUCUGCAUUGCUAAAUUAGACGAGACUGGCGAGGCCCGUGAGGAGGCCGAGGAGCAGUUGGACGGGGCCUCGCCAGGACUUUCCUUGCAGCCGCUGCUGCAGCAGGAGCAACCUGCUUUGGGCGACACGUCGGAUCAACUUGCGACAGUAGCGACGGACGGCCGAAAAGUUUGGAUGUCGAACCGUGAGGUUGAGCAUAUUCGGAAAAAUCUGGACGAGAUGGUCGAGGUCACGGACUACAUUUAUAUGGAGCGAAUAGCCGCGGAAUUGAAGGAUCUUGGAGCAGCAAUCAACCCUUCAGACUAUUGCACUCCUCAGAUGAAAGCAGAUGAUCAAUGGAGAAAGGAUCUUGCACGGAAGUUCUACUUGGAACUGCAAUACCUAGAAAUGGAAAAUGUUUAUGACCUUGUCUCGAAGAUCUGCGCCAGGCUUGAUUACCACCCUGUCAAUAGGUUCCUCUUGCCACUAACUGCACUUCCACCACCUGUUCAUACACGACAACUUAGUGAAGAUCCAAAUAUGAUGAUGGGUGACAUUGACGUUGGUGAUCACAGUGAAUCUAUUGGAGAAAAUGUAGCAGGACCCACAAACAUUAUGACUGAAGAACAGAAGCGGAUGAUUGAGCGUAACAUCGAUACAUUGGUUGAUAACAUUUCCAAUGCCAAUCUGAAGGAUGUGAUAAGGUUUCUGGACAACUUUAUUCCUGAAGAUGAUAAGGCUGUCUUUCUUUCUGACACAACUGAUCUCAGGAGCAGAGCUAAAUCAUUUUUUGAAUUUGUGCCAUACAUGUUGUGCGAGGAUCCUUUCGAGCAGUUGUCCGUCGCAUUCAUGCGGACCAAGAACGAUGUUGUCACUAACGUUCUCAAGAAGGAAUUUCCUCUUCCAACAAGGACUCGUGACAAUUCUCCAAACUCGAGAAGUCCCAGUGAACCGCAAGGAGCCAGGGCCUUCCAUUUCCCUCCUGAUUAUUUGGAAGAGAUGAGCGAGGAGAGGAAGCAGGAUUUCAAAAACAACAAGUUUGAUGAUGAUGCUGCAGUGCUUGUGGAGCAAUCAUUAGCAUUGGACCCUGAGGCCAGGGAUAGACUCGAUUUGAACCGAUUUAAAAUCAAACCAGCUCGAAUUCGAAUGGAUAGCAAAGGAAUUGGAAAACAGGAGGAAGUUUAUGAUUGUGGCACUAAUCCUAAAGGGUACGCCCUGAUUUUAAACAUCCACAAUUACCCUGAUUAUGAUGGCGAUGAAGAAGAUAGAGAGCGCAAAGGCUCCCAGGUGGACACUUUGGCUAUGACUAAGUUGUUUAACGAACUGGGUUAUAUUGUGGAACUGUACCCUAAUAAUUUCACGGAUAAUGUAUCGCAAGAAGACUUUAAAAAAGUCAUCACAAGAUUUGCUAAGAAAAGAGAGCACUUCCACGUGGACUCUUGUUUUGUUGUGAUCAUGGCACAUGGAGAGCAACUAGAGACGAGUGGACGAGGAAAUGUAAUUAUCACUUCAGACAACAAACCUGUACCUAUUACAUGGAUUAGCUCUCAAUUCAGUGCAGAAAAGUGCCAGCUUCUGAUCGGAAAACCAAAAAUCUUCAUGUACCAGUGUUGCAGGGGACGAACCAAUAUUUCGAGGCAAAUUAACCACUAUCACAAAGGGCCUGCUACUCCUUCGACGGCCAAAACAGAUGGCAAAGGCUCUGUGCCAGAAGGUGAAAAAGUUAUAUCAAAGAAGUUUGAGAGGCAGAUUGAUGACAUCCUAAUUUGCCAUGCUGCUCCCCAGGGUUAUGUUGCCCAUCGAGACACCAAGGUUGGCUCUACUUUCAUUCAAGCCAUAAUUGAUGUGUUCGUCAAACACGCUCAUGAGAAACAUGUAGUGGGUAUGAUGAAAGAGGUCGACAAAUUGAUCAAGAGUCAGUCAAUUUCGCAAACAGUUUCAAUUGAGAUCCUCGGUUUCACAAAGAAACUCUACUUACAUCCCCAUUUGUACGACAAGAAAAACUAAAGAUUAAGCUCAAGACAUGGCUGUUAGUUGCAACGUUUAACAGAAUUGCUCAAGCAGUGCAAUAUUUUCGCAAGUGCCCUUAUAAAAUCCUGCCACUUGUCCAGCAUUUUGUAUCAAAAAUUUUCUAUCAACAUUUUCCGAACAAAUAUAUGAACAACUCUUUUGAGAAAACACGAAGUACACUAACAUCGUGUUGCCAUUCCCAGUGAAUUAAGAAACUCUUGUGGUUUUAAAGAGCAAACAUGUGUCAAUUGCUUGUGAAGUACCCCCCUCAUAAGUGAGAUUUUUGAUCUUUAUUUAUUUUUAUAAGUAACCAAUACCAACUUCAUUGAUAUUCAACAAAUGACAUGUUAUUGAAGCAAAACUACUUUUAAAAAGGUCAAAUUAGAUAUAAUUUUUGGAAAAUUUUAUACCCCAAUGACAUGGUUCUAUGCAUUUUGACUGGAAAUUGUAUCUUAGAAAUAUCUUUCUCUAGCAUGUUAGUUUGUGAAAGAAAAUUGGCGACUUAUCUGGAGAGAGAGAAAACCAUAGUGUCCUUCUUUCACACUAAAUAUUUGCGUUAGUCUAGUAAUAUUUCACAUUUCUAAUUGGUGCAGCAUUACCCUGAGUGGGCUCCCAUACCAUUUUAUUUUAAGAUUAUAUAAUAUACAUCCAACAUCCAUCAUGAAUCUGAUAUGCUUUCUACGUAUUCAUAAUCAAUAUUGUGAAUCAUUUUAGUUUAUUAUAUUGCACGCAAGCUAGUGUAUCGUUAGUACUACAUUGAGUAUUUUAAGUGUCUAAGCUUUUUUCUAUUUUUACACUCAUACACCCUCAUAUUUAUGGUUUUUAAAGCAUUUGCUCUGACUAUAACCCUUUUGAUGGCAAAAUAAUUAAAUGUUACACUUGGUGAAAGUAUCUAGAUACAAUUUACUUUGAAAAAAAGUGAAAAUUUAUAUCCAUUUUUUCUUUUAGUUCUAAUCCACCAUACUAUAUACGUACAUACGACCGCAGUGAAUUCCCCAGAAGUGCUUUAAAAAUUAAUGAAAAAUUUGUAACAGAAAAAAGUUAAUAAAUUA